AUGCAAAAGCAGUUAGUCUCUCUGGUGUUUUUCAGAAGCCCCCACGCACCACUAACAGGGAGAAGUGCAGAGCAGCUGCAGCACAGCACUUGGGCCAGUUACUCAUUUUGUUUCAGCCAGGCUCUGCCACCCCAAGAGCUUGCCAAGAUGUGUGAUAUGGGGGGGCUUGACAACCUGAUUGCCAACACAGCCUAUCUACAGGCAAGGAAGAGUGGAGAAGGAGACACCAAGGAGAUGCAAAAGAGACGUAAGAGCCUCUCACUGCCCAAGAUUGAUCAAUGCAGAGAGGUCAGAGAGUCCGUUGUCGCUGAUUAUGACAGCAUCUGUGAGCAGCAGCCCAUUGGCAAGAAAUUCUUCAGAGACUUCUUAGAGACAGUGCCGGAAUAUUUGGUAGCUAGGGACUUCCUGGAUGAGGUGUCAAACUGGGAGUUGGCAGAGGACAAUGCCAAGAGCAGUACCAUGGAGAAUAUGAUCACAAAUUUUCUUAAGGAAGGCUCCAAAAACUAUCUGGCUUUCGUUAGCUCUGACUUGGCCAGCAAAUGCCAAGCAGCUACUGCAAAAGACUAUGAGAAUGUCAUGCAGCUAGCCAAGGAGGAAACCAAACUCUUCCUUAAAGGCAAGCCCUUCCAGGACUUCCAGACCAGCCCCUUCUAUGACAAAUUCCUCCAAUGGAAAGUUUUUGAGAAGCAGCCGGUAACUGAGAAAUACUUCUAUGAGUUCCGAGUGCUGGGCAAAGGUGGCUUUGGAGAGGUUUGUGCCAUCCAGGUGAAAAAUACUGGCAAGAUGUAUGCCUGCAAGAAACUGGAUAAGAAAAGGUUGAAAAAGAAAGGUGGAGAGAAGAUGGCACUACUGGAGAAAGAGAUUCUGGAGAAGGUCAACAGCCCUUUCAUAGUCACACUAGCUUAUGCCUAUGAGAGCAAAAGCCAUCUGUGUCUUGUCAUGAGCCUCAUGAAUGGAGGGGAUUUGAAGUAUCACAUCUACAAUGUGGGAGAAAGGGGUUUGGAAAUGAACAGGGUCAUGUAUUACUCGGCUCAGAUCACUUGUGGGAUUCUGCAUCUCCAUUCCAUCAAGAUUGUGUACCGGGACAUGAAACCAGAAAAUGUCCUCCUGGAUGACAAUGGUAAUUGCAGACUCUCUGAUCUUGGAUUGGCAGUGCAAGUCAAAGACGGAAAAAGCAUCACUCAGAGGGCUGGGACAAAUGGUUAUAUGGCUCCAGAAAUCCUGAAGGAAGAAGAUUACAGCUAUCCUGUGGACUGGUUUGCUAUGGGAUGUAGUAUUUAUGAGAUGAUUGCUGGGCGAACACCGUUUAAGGAUUUCAAAGAAAAGGUCGGUAAGGAUGAGGUUAAAAGAAGAACUCUGGAAGAUGAGGUGAAAUUUGAACAUGCCAGCUUUACAGAGGAAGCAAAAGAUAUUUGCCGACUGUUUUUGGCCAAGAAAAUAGAGAAUCGUUUAGGAAGCAGGAAUGCAGAUGAUGACCCAAGAAAACAUAGUUUCUUCAAAACAAUAAAUUUCCACAGGCUAGAGGCAAACCUUAUUGACCCUCCAUUUGUGCCAGAUCCAUCAGUUGUCUAUGCCAAAGAUCUUGCAGACAUUGCUGACUUCUCUGAAGUACGAGGAAUUGAGUUUGAUGACAAAGAUAAGAAGUUCUUCAAAAAGUUUGCCACAGGUGCUGUCCCUAUAGCCUGGCAGGAAGAAAUCAUUGAAACGGGACUGUUUGAAGAACUGAAUGAUCCUAACAGAGUAGAUUCCGGGGGAUACGCAAAUGGAGGUGAAGCUAAGUCAGGAGUUUGUUUGUUGUUGUAA